GUUUCCCCUUUGCAAAUGAUAGGGCAAGUACUGCAGAAAACACUUCAGUUUUUUGGUUGGAGAUAUGUGGGUCUCAUGGGAAGCUCGAGUGAUGUCUUCACUUGGGCUGAAAUGGAUGAAUUGUGGUCAUCUGUAGAAAACCAGCUCCAAACUAACAUCACAGUCACUGCUAAGGUGAGGUACAAUACAAAAAAUCAAGGACUCCACCAAGAAAAGCUCAGCUACAUAACAUCUGUUGCAAGAAUUAUUGUUUUAAUCUGCAGUUCUUCGGAUGCAAGAUCCAUUUUGUUAGAAGCCAAAGAGCUAGGCAUGACAAAUGGGCCAUAUGUGUUUUUUGUUCUGCAGCAAUUUGAGGAUAAUUUUUUUAAAGAAACUUGGACUAAUGAGAACAGCAACAUCCUAGAUGCCUAUCAUCCUGUAUUUUUGAUAGCCCUCCAGUCUUACAGGGAAUAUAAGACCUAUUCUGAUUUUGUGAACGAAGUCUAUGACAAGCUGAAGGAUAAGCAACCUUCUAGUUUUAUUUCUACACAAGAAGAGGUAAGUUCUUAUGCUCCCUACCUGCAUGAUGCAGUCUUGCUGUAUGCAUUAGCCAUAAAGGAAAUGUCUGAAAAGAAAAAGAAUUUCAGUGAUGGAAGAGCACUUGUCAACACUUUGAAAGGCUGCAAUACAACGCUUGUGUAUGGCAUUACUGGUCCAGUGCACAUUGAUGAAUCAGGUGAGAGAAACAUGGAUUACUCUGUGUAUGAUCUCCAGGACUCUGGCAACUCAAAAUGCUUCCUUCCUGUUCUUAACUUUGAUAGUUUCAGUAAAACACUCAGCCCAACCACAGAAAUUAACAGCAUCAAUUGGUCAGAUGGAGAAAUACCUGAAGACAAACCACCAUGUGGGUUCCACAAUGAACAUUGUAAACCUCCAGUUGUUAGUAAGUGCGCAGCCCUUAUUGUUGUGAUAAUACUCCUGAUAAUGACAGCAUUAGGAGCCAUUGGUGUCACAAUGUUUUUGAAGAUCCAUAAAGGCAGGCUUGAGAAGCAAAUCGAUCAUUUAUGGUGGAGAAUUAAUUAUGAUGACAUCAUCUUUUUUAAUGAUAAUAAGGAAGUCUUUGAUUUAUCUCAAAGAAACACACCAGUGCCCAAAGAAACAGAAGACACUAGUUCCCAUUUAUUUCUUUCAAGCAAUAAUUUUUCUGGAAUAAAGGGCAAACAAGAUAGAGAAAUGUUUUAUACUACAGUAGGACUUUAUCAGGGAACUUUUGUUGCUCUCAAACACACUGAUAAUCAGACAGAUAACUGGAAACUAUCAGUCCUUCAGGAGAUUCAUAUGAUGAGAGAACUGAGGCAUGAGAAUCUAGCAGUCUUCUAUGGAAUUUGUCCUGAAGCUCCAAACAUCUGCAUUGUGAUGCAUUAUUACAAGAAAGGAAGCCUAAAGGAUGUUUUGAUGCAUUCCAAUAUUGAACUGGACUGGAUAUUCAAAAUCUCUUUUGCCUAUGACAUCGUCAACGGUAUGAUCUUUCUCCACAACAGUCCCUUGAAGUCUCAUGGUAACUUGAAGCCUACCAACUGCCUGGUAGACACUCGCAUGCAAGUGAAAUUGUGUGGGUAUGGGUUGUGGGAAUUGAAGUAUGGAACAAAAUCCAGAAUAAUAACAGAGAAGGAGACUGAAUAUGCUGACUUCUUCUGGACAGCUCCUGAAUUGCUAAGGAUGGAGGAAUACCCAUUGCAGGGCACCCAGAAGGGCGAUGUAUACAGCUUUGCUAUUAUUAUGAGGGAGCUGAUAUAUAAUGAUGAAGAUGGUCCAUUCCAAGACCUAAAUAAGAAUUCAGAAGAGAUCAUUAAAAAAAUCCAAGAAGUUGGUUCUCCUGUUCCAUUUCGCCCCUCUCUUUCAACAGAGAGGUGUAAUGAAAACAUUGUUGCACUUCUAGAGGCAUGUUGGGAUGAACAUCCAGAGAGAAGGCCAACAUUUGCUGAUGUGAAGAGAACAUUGAGAGAAGCUAGUCCUGAAAGCCAUUUCAGUAUUUUAGACAACAUGGUCAAUAAAUUGGAAAAAUAUGCCAAUCAUCUCGAGGAAGUAGUUGAAGCAAGAACAACACAGUUAUUGGCAGAAAAGAAGAAGACUGAGAAGCUGUUAUCAGCCAUGCUACCAGGCUUCAUUGGAGAACAGCUGGUUGCUGGGAGGUCAGUGGAACCUGAAAGCUUUGACUCUGUCUCCAUUUUCUUCUCGGAUAUUGUGGAUUUCACUAGGUUAUGCUCCCUCAGCUCUCCGCUGCAAGUUGUCAACCUUCUCAAUGACCUAUAUAGUCUGUUUGAUAAUAUCAUUAAAAUAUAUGAUGUCUACAAGGUUGAAACCAUUGGAGAUGCUUAUAUGGUGGCUAGUGGUCUCCCCAUUCGAAAUGGAACAAAGCAUGUUGAGGAAAUUGCUACAAUGUCUUUGCACUUUCUCAGUGCAAUGAUUUCCUUCAAGAUUAGACACAUGCCAAAUGAGAAGCUGAGAUUGCGUGUUGGUAUUCAUACAGGCCCUGUUGUUGCAGGUGUGGUGGGAAUCACAAGGCCACGCUAUUGCCUGUUUGGAGACACUGUGAAUACAGCUUCAAGGAUGGAAAGUACCAGUUUACCUCUUCAAAUCCAUGUCUCUAUGAUCACAGCAAAUGUUCUGCAGUCAAUUGGAGGUUAUGAUUUGCAAGAAAGAGGAACCAUUAAAAUAAAGGGCAAGGGGCAACAAAGAACAUUUUGGCUCAGAGGAAAAACUGGCUUUAACAUGCCUUUGCCAGCAUUCAGUGAAGAUGUAGAAACUCACCCAAAGGGAUAUGUGGAAGUGGAACAAAAGGCGCAGCUUUCAUCUGCAAUUGAAUGGGAUGAUCUGGAGUCACUUGAAGAAAAAAAGGAUGGCUUAUAA